AUGUCAUCUACCUCUCUGGAAUGUCCGCGAGGCCAACGACGAAGCAGCUUUGGUCAGGGUGCGCCACGCAAGCCCGUCUCGCGCAGCAAGAAGGCCGUCGCUGCCGUCACAGGAGCAGUCACCACCUCGUUCCUCAUGACUCCCUUCGAUGUCAUAAAGACGAGGCUGCAGAUCCAGAGCAGCGCAGAACCGCUCUUCUUCCCGUCACAGCAUAUCGCCUCAGCGCCCGCCUCAGCAACAGCAUCGUCCUCGGGGCUCAACAAGGGGAAGGGAGUGGCAAGACCAGGAGGAUCAUCAGCGCAGAUGACUGGAGGCCUGCAGGCUCAUCCAGCAACAUGCUGCCAGCAGACCUUCUUCACAUCCAAUCGACAACCCGAGUCGAUCCUGUGUCGCUUUGAUCCACGACAAGCUUCGUCCUCCACAUCAACCUCAGCAUCAGCAACUCCAUCAUCGGCAUUCUUCACACCAGCAUCGUCAUCCAAAGCAUCGUCUUCUAGAUCAGCAUCACGCGCUACAUCGCGCUUCGGCCGGCAUACCACUUCCUUUGCAGCAUCCUCCACACCACCCCGAUCUAGCGUACGCAUCCUCCCAACGCCGCCACCUGCACCGGCAUUCUACCUCCACCCUACGCCUUCCGCCGUUACAGCGAACGGCUCUUCCUCGUGCGCCUGCGCUUUCCCAGACGAAGCGGUCGCCGCACGGGAGCUCAAAGCUGCUGCAGCGAAGCAAGGCCGUCUGACCGGCCUCUGGGACGGAGUGAUCAAAGUCGGGCGGGCAGAAGGCAUUCGCGGUCUCUGGCGUGGUCUCGCUCCCACACUCAUGAUGACCGUUCCCGGCCAGGUCACGUACAUGUCAUGCUACGACUUCUUCCGCACGCACCUUCUCGCUUCAGAAGACAGCACUCAACUUCAAGCAGCAUUUCAACAACACUCUGCGGCGAAUGGGCGGGAGCUUGGCUUGCCUGGCAAAACGCCUUCGCUGAGCGCAAUCACCGCUCAAUCACUCUACGCAUCGCUCCUUGCAGGUGCGUUGGCACGGAGCAUCUCCGCAACGCUCGUAACGCCCCUCGAGCUGAUCCGUACGCGACUCCAGGCGUCUUCGCGCUCGCAAGCCGACCUACGCUCCAUUUUGCGCGGAUUGUUUGUCGAGAUGCGAACCACCUCGCUCCGUUCUGGCGGUGGACCCCUCAUCUUGUGGCGCGGGUUGACGCCGACACUGUGGCGCGACGUGCCGUUCAGCGCGAUCUACUUCGCCGGGUACGAGGCGACCAAGCGCAGUCUGACGGGUGGUGGGUUGGGCGAAGGCAACGCCCAGGGGAGUGGGGAGGAGUUUGGUGUGGCUUUCGCAUCCGGUGCGCUCGCGGGAAGUGUCGCUGCUGUCCUCACCCAUCCGUUCGACGUGGUCAAGACGCGGUUGCAAACCCAAGGCAGCCCCAAGGAUGGCGAAGGACGCCUCAGCGGGAGUUUGAGGGGCAGCGAGGCGAAAAAUGGGAAUGUCUGGCAAGGGCUCAGACGGAUCGUCAGGGAGGAAGGGAGCAAAGGGUUGUGGAAGGGGUUGAGUCCUAGAACGGCCAAAGUGGCGCCAGCGUGCGGCGUUAUGAUUGCUAGUUUCGAGGUUGUCGGUCGCGCACUGGCAGAUUUGGACCUCUAG